CAUCCCGAGCACCUCUACACCGACACUCUUCUCUGUCCAUGCUCACUGUGCGCCAGGCCGCCCUCAGGCGGUUACAAAACGUCCAGAUUAGCAAGGCUGCGGCCCGUCCCGCUCGCUCCUUCGCUGUUACCGCCACGCAGCAUGCUAAGCCCAGAUCCAGUGGCGACCGGGCGGGUGGCAGGGCUGGCGGUAGGAGACAGCAGCAGCCCUUCGGCAAGCUGGAAGACAAGCAAGGCGGCAGGCCGUCUGGUUUCCGCUCGCAGCGGCCUGCCUCAUCUCCUCAGCCCGUGCCCGUAAAGUUGCGGCCGGGCAGCUUGCCAGGCGUCAUCUCCGGCCGGCUGGACGAAUGGGUGGACUCGCAGCGCGUCAAGACGCGUCUCGAGGCUUUCGGUUUCGGCGCGGCCGAUGCUACUGGUCUACUGCACAACUGGCGAGAAACGGUCCAGGAGGACCUGGCUGCCAUGGACAAGGACGACGACGGCUUCUUGGAUCGCAUGAGCGCGAUGGGCUGGGACGCGCAAACCCUCACCCUCGCGUAUGAGUCUGGAGAGUGGAGCUCGGUGUUCGAGGCCGCCUUCCUCCGUCACUUCCUCACCUACGCCGCCGCAAAGGGCUCCGAGCACAUGCGUCUGCACAUCAACGCUCUGCUUCAGGCUACCGACAUCUCCAAUUACGCCGCGAGGCACCUCAACGCCCGUACAGUCAACCGCCAGUUCCACCUGCACAUGGGACCCACGAACUCGGGCAAGACGUACAACGCGCUCAAGGCGCUAGCAAAAUCUCCCACGGGUGUGUACGCCGGCCCUUUGCGACUCCUCGCCCACGAGGUGUGGGAGCGGCUCAACCUUGGCUCUGUCGGUGGUCUAGACGGCCGGCCGCGUCCUUGCUCGCUCAUUACUGGCGAGGAGCGUCGCAUUGUUCAGGACGGUCAGGACAUGAUCUCCUGCACUGUCGAGAUGUUGCCGCUCUUCGGACAUUCCUCUGGUAACCCCUGGGAUGUGGUCGUCAUCGACGAAAUCCAAAUGCUCGGUGACGCGCAGCGCGGCGGCGCUUGGACAGCGGCCGUGAUGGGUGCCAACGCGAAGGAGAUUCACCUCUGCGGCGAUGAGACAACAGCCGACCUCCUCAAGUCGAUUAUUGGCACCUUCAAGGGCGACACUCUUACAGUCCACCGUUACGAGCGCCUGACGCCAUUGAGUGUCGCCGACGAGUCUCUCAACGGCGAUUGGAAUAACAUCCAACCCGGCGACUGUGUUGUCACAUUCUCCCGCAACAACGUUUUCGCUGCGAAGAAGGCUAUCGAGGGCACAGUAGGCAAGAAGUGUGCCGUUGUCUACGGUGCGCUUCCUCCAGAAACACGUGCGGAGCAGGCACGCGAUUUCAACGAGGAGGCAGGUCGUGCUGAGAUCAUGGUAGCGAGUGACGCCGUCGGCAUGGGCCUCAAUCUUAAAAUUGGGCGCAUCGUUUUCGAGUCCCUCACCAAGUUUGACGGGAAACAGGAGGUGCCAUUGUCACUCUCGCAGGUCAAGCAGAUUGCUGGCCGCGCCGGCCGCUUUGGACAGCAACGCAAGGGCGAGGGCGAGGACGAGUCGUCGCCAGACGAGGUUGCUCACCCCGGCGGUGUCGUCACAACCCUGCAUGAGGCCGACCUCCCUUUGCUGCGUGCGAUGAUGCCGCUAUCAUUGCCCUCUGUUUCGAGAGCAGUGAUUGAACCUCCUUCGGGGGCACUGGCGGGGCUUGCGCCACUCCUCCCAGCUCAAACGUCCUUCAACGAGCUAAUGGGACACUUCGAGGCUCUGGCUAAGCUUCCGCCUUUGACGGUGCUCGCGAGUCUCUCGCAUCGCGCGCCUCUCGCCGAGAUCGUCGGCAAGUACCGUGAUGUUCUCACCCUCAGCGAGUGCGUCCAGUUCGGAGUGGCGCCCGUCAACUGGCGCGAUGCCAAGGUCGCGGCCAUUUUUGAGAGCAUUCUCAAGUCGUACUCGGAGGAGAUGAACGUGCGCCUCGAGCCGACGCUGGCGCCAACGACGCUCAUCAAGACACUCAAGACUGUUGAGGAGACCCUUGCGGCGCUGCCACCCCUUCCCCCGCAUCUCGGCAUCUACCGCCCCUACCUCGUGCCUCCCAUCACGGUUGCCGCCAUUCCUCUCCUCGAGAGCCUGCACAAGGCGCUCGUGCUGUACAUCUGGCUCUCGUUCCGCUUCGAGCUCGCCUUCCCCGACCGAGACCUUGCCGCCAAGUACAAGGAGCGGACGGAGAAGGCACUGGAGAUUUGCCUCGAGCGUAUGCCGGGCGUGCGCCAGAAGAAGCGUGAGGAGCGCACUGGAGAAAUGGACAGGGAGCAUGCGCUUUACCGCCGCAAGUACGUCGACAAGCACGGGCUUGUCAAACCUGAGAUCGAGUGGGUGGCGGCGGAGCUUGCGAGCCGCAACCGCAAGCGUGAGCAGUGGGGCCAGGUCGAGUGGCGGGAUAUCAACUCGAAGGACUACCAGCGGAUGCAGGAAAUGGAGCGCCGGCCGGGGACCGGCGGCGAAGAGGACGAGCCUGCGUCGUUUGGCAUUGCGUCCAAGCCGACGUACACACCAGCCGAUCAACCUCAGUAGAUAGACGGAGUCAAACAUUGUAGCAUCAUCGUGUAGGCAUAAAACAUCUCGCACAUGCACUUCUCAUAGACACUUGG